AAAACUCAUGUAUCGAAAUUAAGCUAGCUUCAAAAUUUCUUAGCUCUACAGAAAGAAAAAUAUAUUGUCAUAAAAUUUUUCUACACUAUUUUUAGAGCUGCUUACUUUAUUUAUCUUAGCAAUUCUUGACAGCCGAUCGAAUUCGAUGAUUUUUUUACGCGUUUUUUGUAUGAUUUUUUCACGACGAUUUUUCAAUCUCGCACGUAAAACAGUUACAAUAAGUAACAGUAACGGAAACAGACUAUAGUAGAGUAUUUUUUACACAGUUACAUUUUACACGGUAUUUUUACGGCUUUUUUCCAAAUAACGCAAUUUUUUCUACACGGUUUUUUGCACGGUACGUAGAAUCGUGUUAAAAAAUUCUUCACUGUAAUUCAAUUAAAUUUAUAAAAUGAUAAAGAUUCGCCGCCAACUCGACAGCCUUGAAAUCUGAAAUUCUCAAAACUAAUGCCGAAAACUUUUGAAACACUUCGCUAUGCCUCAGUUUUUCGGCAAUUAGCUGCGUAGGGCUUGAAAACAAAUAGACCAAAUACAUAAUUUAAGCCGUUUCCAGAGCGAGUUAAAAAUUGGCUUGGAGAAAUUUCGCUUCUACCCGGAGACCCGGAAAUUAUUUCCCAGGCCCGGAGAGAAUUCGCAUUCACCCGGAGACUCGGAGAUCAUCUUCCAAACCCGGAGACUUCGGGUGAGGCCCGGAGUGGUGGCAACCCUAUGCAUAUCGUGUUCAACUUUAAUCGUUUUUUUCUAAUGCCUCUUAUUUGUAGUUCUACAUUACUUUAUCCCAAUUUUCUGUUUUGUAUAUCGGCUUCCCAUCGUCUUAUGUACCAUAAGCCGGGGUGAGAUUGUGCCAUCUAACCUCUGACUGUCAACCGUCGCUUCCGUAUCAGAAGACUCUUUCUUGGUAAAGUGUUCGUAGAAAAUUAUUUAAAAAAGAUUGGCCUUGUGAAUUGGGAUCACCAUGGGAUGGGUUUGUAUGGCUUAAUCCACUAUGCCACUGGCGACUUUUAAUUGCGACUAAAAUGCCCUUCAAACGUUGUGUGGGAGGUGCCAGUACACUAAGAACAUUCAUAAAUUAAGCAGCAUUACCACUACGCAUACGCUUGCUCCUCCAAAAAAAAGCACAAAGAUCAAAACUUAAUCAAUGGUACCAGUAUAGGUCAAAAAAGUGAGGUUAUAAAAAGUUGGCGAGAUGAUCUAUACCUACUCUAGCAGCAUUUUCUUCGACCGUAUAUAUACUAGCAUUUCGUGCCGCUACUAUAUGACCAUUCAAAGCUUCCGUUGUCAGUACACAUGGACAUUUUACAGGUUUUCGAACCAACCAUCCUAUCUAAAUCAUAUAAAAUAUUCAAAAACAAUCGACCUGUUAGCCUACAUAUCACAUUAUUGUAUAUUCAAAGCAGCCGGUGCUUCCCGUUACUUGAACACAAAGAAAACCGACAACCAUUUGUCAACAUUCGCCGACGUUUUCUUCCUCUUCUCCGGGUUGAACAACCAUAUCAAAACAUAAGCCGGCAUAUUCACUCGAGAACCGGUUCGGCGGGUGUUGGAAGAAAAACCAUGACCUUGGCCACAGCAGCCCGUCUUCACUCGUUGUCUGUCACUUAUGGCCUACUUCUGCUGUUGCUGUUACGAACCAGUCCGCCCAAUUAUGCGACUGCUGCAGUUGCAACCGCCGGCAGCGAGAGCAUUUUCAACAACCUCCUUUCCGGGCUAAUGUCAACGGCAGCGUCUGCAAAAAAUUACCUGGAAAUGAGCAGUUCGAGUGAGCACGAGCAGCACAAGCAGCCACCGGUGUUCAAAACGGAUGUUACCACUUCAUUUUAUACUCAUCACAGCACCGGUUCAGCUACCGGUGCCAUCGUCACCAGCUCAACAGUAGCCACCAAAACUACCACGACAACCACUGAGACUACACCAUUUUGGAACCCGUUCACUUGGCUUAAACCACGCGCCGUAUCGAUCCCCUACAAUCCGGAUACGGACCUUAGUACGCCAGAAAUCGCCGUCCGACACGGCUACAGUGCGGAGUCGCAUACCCUGAAAACAGCGGACGGUUACCUGUUGACGUUGCACCGGAUUCCUUGCGGUCGAGUUGGAUGCGGACCAGCCGGGAAGGGAACCGGCCAACCUGUGUUCCUACAACAUGGGCUGCUAUCCAGUUCGGCUGAUUGGCUUCUAAGUGGGCCGGAAAAGGCUCUCGCUUUUAUUUUGGCCGAUGCUGGAUACGACGUAUGGCUGGGUAAUGCACGCGGUAAUACUUACUCUCGGAAACAUGUAACCAUGAGCAGCGAUGAGACGGCCUUUUGGGAUUUCAGCUGGCAUGAAAUGGCGCUGUACGAUAUUCCAGCGGAGAUCGAUUUUGUGUACGCGAUGCGAGAACUUGAGCACAACGAUACCUCGCGUAAUCUUUUGUACGUUGGACACUCGAUGGGAACUACUAUGGCAUUUGCACUACUUUCCAGCCGCCCGGAGUAUAACCAGAAAAUCGAAGCCGUAUUUGCCAUGGCACCGGUCGCAUUUAUGGGGCAUGUCAAGAGUCCGAUUCGUCUGCUAGCUCCCUUCUCCAAUGAUAUUGAGAUGAUCCUGAAAUUCUUCGGUAGCAACGAAUUCAUGCCUCAGAACAAAAUCAUCCGCUAUUUGGCAAAAUAUGGCUGUGAAUUGACUGAGGCUGAAAAAUACAUCUGCGAGAACACCGUGUUUGUGCUUUGCGGCUUUGAUAAGGAGCAGUACAAUGCCACAUUGAUGCCGGUCAUCUUCGGUCAUACGCCUGCCGGAACCUCGACCAAGACGGUAGUUCAUUAUGCCCAGGAAAUUCACGAACAUGGUAACUUCCAGCAAUUUGACUAUGGCGAAGCAGAAAAUCAACGGCGGUACGGUCAAUCUAAGCCACCGAGUUACAACCUAGAGAACAUUUCCACGCCCAUCGCUCUGUUCUAUGCGAACAACGAUUGGCUGGCAGGUCCGCUGGAUGUGGCCAACCUGUUCAACCGACUAACGAGCACCUCUAUCGGGAUGUUCCGCGUGCCAAACGACAAUUUCAACCAUGUGGACUUUCUGUGGGGCAACGACGCACCGGAGGUAGUCUACAAGCAGCUGGUAAUGCUUAUGCAACGGUAUAAGUAGUUUGAAGGGGACGGAUGAUGGUGACGAUAGCUCUCUUCCCUACACAUGACAAGAAACGCUUAAAAGUUGGUCUACUAUGUGUAUAUGUAGAUAAAAAUAUUCUGGAAAACAA